AUGGCUGAGCGACAUCAGACAACACUCAAGAACAGGACGACUCAAGUCGGUCACCGUGAAAUGAUGGAAGGGCUAUUCGAAGCCGACUUCGACGCCAUCGCAUACCUCAAUACUUCUCUGCCAUCACUGAAUCUCACUUCACAGAACCAAGCGGCCAAACAAAAUCGGUCUGCCCAACUACAAUCAUCCUCAACAGAUGUUCAGGCUCAAUCAUCAAAGUUCAAUGCCUUCAAUGCAAGGACAUCAACUGAGCUUACCACUCUUGCGGAGGAGAUCUUAAGGAGUGGGAGCAGAUUGGCCUAUGAGGUAGAGGUUCUGCGAAGUGACGCAAAUAGCCUGUUCGAUUUACUUUCAGAAACUCUGCGGCAGGACAUCCAGCACUUUGUCCAAAACGAACGGGCGAUUGAAACCGAAAUUGGCACUGAAGCGGGCGUUAUCAACCAAGGACUUCAUGAUCCCGAGUUUAUGCAACAACUACGGCUCCUAGGUCACAUCAAGGCACGGCUAGAACAGGUCAUCAAAGUUUUCGACAAUGCAAUGAAAUGGCCAAUACCUCCCUCGGACGUGUCAAUAGCAUCGUCUUUGAUCUCAGUCAGUGCACCGGAGCUUGGUGUUGUAAGUUCGGCCGAAGACGACAAAGCCCGACUUGCCAUACGACAAUAUCGAGAAGAGAUUAGCGAUUUGUUAAACAAUGAAGGAGGUGGAAGCCAAGGCAUUGAGGCUGCACAGAAGAGGUUGGAAGACUUCCAAAACUUGGCAUUAGUGUGGAGAGGCACAGCAGAGGAAAAGGCGCGCAACAGGGUAGUUGAUGGAUUUGCGAAAAUUGUAGACGACCGUAAAAAGGCGCUGGGUUCACAGGGUAAUCCUAGAAGACCACAGCUUGAUUCUAUGCGACAGAGCAGUCAACCUUCUCGUACUGGAACUCCUAGCAUACCAGCAGGCGGAUUGCUUGGUGGCUUACGGAAGUUGCGGGACGAAAUUUAUCUCGAUUGA